AUGGUCACAGAGAUCGCGACACACGUCGACAACGAUCCCGUCCCCUUCAGGUGCCUCGAGACACUCAAAGCGUGUUCAUUAGUCUGCCGAGCGUUUCACAACGAGUUCAGCAAAAGAGUCGCUUCUCAAAUUCAUGUUCGGGACACAGUCCCGGAAGACGACAGUGACGAUGAAGACGAACUUGAAGCACCGCGCAGGUGUCUCCACUUGCCGACCCUCGAACGGUUCAAAGACUACAUCGAGCAGAACCCGCAUUUUGCAGACCAAGUCCGCGUCUUCAAAGUCACCCUCCACGUCCACUGGCAAAAGUUGACCGCGGGGACGUCAUUCAAUUAUGUUCUCCCUGCGACGUUGGACCUGCUCGCACAGAUAUUACCGCUGUUGCCGCGCCUACAGCACUUCUGGCUCCAAGCAUCCAACUCGAUCCACUGGGACGAAUUUGAGCCUCUCCAGAGCACGAUACAAAAUUUCUGCAUGAAGACGCCUAUCACUCGCCUCACAGUGGGCAGCUCGAUCAAGGACGUCCCGUCUUUUCAGAUCACGCACAACCCAAAGCUCAUGUACCUGACCUUGGACAAUAUCAGCAUCGAGCCACACCUGGAAGGCGGCAUCGUCCAACCCCAAGUGUCUCUAGUCGAACUCGAUAUCGACUCGUCGUGGAUUUACAGUGAUCUUCCCAACUUUUAUCCACAAGCCCUCGCAGACCUUCGCCGUUUCCGGUUUAGCUCCAACCGCUUCAACGUUGAUUCUGUCCAAACUAUCCUCUCCAAGGCUGGACCAGCACUACAAGAGUUCGAAUGCAAAGGGUGCUGCAACACCCAAGUGGGCGCAGACGCAGAAGAACUAGCAGAGUCAAUGGGCCCCUUCGACUUUUCCUCCAACACCCAACUCCGCGAAAUCCAUUUCCGCUACUUCACAAUGCACGGCCGCCUCACCGACUUUGGCCCGCGCAUGUGCACCUCCCUCGAAUCGCUGUCCGGAUCCACCUCCAAAGUCGAACGAAUCACCCUCGAGUUCGCAGUGACAAACGAAGACGCACUGGUCAAUGUCCUCGACUUUGCGAAUUGGACGGCCAUCGAGAGGGUGAUGCAGACGCCAUCUGCGUUUCCUAGUCUGCGGUCGUUCAAUAUCGUCCUGAGCGGGUUGCGCACCUUCCCCAUCUGCGACAAAGUGUCCAUCCCCACCCUUCGAACCCAAGUCAGAAGAUUGUUCCCCCAGUUCCAUGAUUCUCGGAAGGUCGCGUUCAAAGUUAGAACUUCAGCAUGA